CCGCCGCCCUCGGCCCGCCCCGCGCGUCCCCGCGGCGCCGCCCCCCGCGCGCGUCCACCGGCCGCCGCGCGCGCCGCCCCUGGAGCCCCGGGUCCCCGGGCGACGGCGGAGGAGGGGGCGCCGCAAGAUGGCGGACCUGUCGCUGCUGCAGGAGGACCUGCCGGAGGACGCGGACGGAUUUGGUGUGGAUGACUGCAGCUCAGAGUCUGAUGUGAUUGUUGUACCUUCAGCCCUGGACUUUGUCUCACAAGAUGACAUGCUGACGCCGCUGGGGAGACUGGACAAGUAUGCUGCGAGUGAGAACGUAUUUAACAGACAGAUGGUGGCCCGGAGUCUGCUGGACACGCUGAGGGAAGUGUGCGAUGAUGAGAGAGAGUGCAUUGCUGUUCUGGAAAGAAUCAGCAGAUUAGCUGAUGAUUCAGAGCCGACCGUGAGGGCAGAGCUGAUGGAGCAGGUGCCUCACAUUGCCUUGUUCUGCCAAGAAAACCGGCCAGCAAUCCCAUAUGCCUUUUCAAAGUAUUUGCUGCCCAUUGUGGUUCGAUAUCUCGCAGAUCAGAAUAACCAGGUAAGAAAAACGAGCCAGGCAGCUUUGCUGGCCCUGCUGGAGCAGGAGCUGAUUGAGCGCUUCGAUGUGGAGACCAAGGUGUGCCCCGUCCUCGUGGAGCUGACAGCCCCCGACAGCAACGACGACGUGAAGACGGAGGCCGUGGCCAUAAUGUGCAAGAUGGCCCCCAUGGUUGGCAAGGACAUCACGGAACGUUUGAUCCUCCCUCGGUUUUGUGAGAUGUGCUGUGACUGCAGAAUGUUUCAUGUCCGAAAGGUCUGUGCCGCCAAUUUUGGAGAUAUUUGCAGCGUCGUCGGCCAGCAAGCUACUGAGGAGAUGUUGCUGCCCAGGUUUUUCCAGCUCUGCUCGGACAAUGUGUGGGGCGUCCGCAAGGCCUGCGCGGAGUGCUUCAUGGCUGUUUCAUGUGCCACGUGUCAAGAGAUUCGACGGACUAAACUGUCAGCACUCUUUAUUAAUUUGAUCAGUGAUCCUUCACGUUGGGUUCGGCAAGCAGCUUUCCAGUCUCUGGGACCUUUCAUAUCUACAUUUGCUAAUCCAUCUAGCUCGGGCCAGUAUUUUAAAGAAGAAAACAAAAGCUCAGAAGAUAUAUCAGUAGAAGACAAAAAUAGGAAUUAUCUUGAUACUUUCACUCUCUUUCCCAAACGAAGCAAUGAAAGGACCAGGGGUGAAGACGCUGCAGAGGACGUAGAGACCAGGCCCACUGUGGGUGAUUGCAGUGUCCGCCUGGAAGACACGCUGGCAGACGGCGCGGAGAGCCCGAGGCAGCCGCCCGGUGAACUGGGCGCUCCCGCGGAGAGCUCCUCACCUCUCCGGUCGUCCCCGGAGCCUCCCCCGUUGUCCCCGGAGCCUCCCCCAGACGCGGCUGGCAGCAAAGAGGAGCAGGAGCCCUGCGCCUGCAGGUUAGCGUCCCGGCCAGAAGCGGGCACCGGUGCACAGGACUCAGCUCCCCUGGACCAGGAGCUGUACAACUCCUUCCACUUCUGGAGGACUCCUCUCCCCGAGAUAGACCUGGAUGUGGAGCUGGAGCAGGGCUCCGCGAGCGAGCCCGGCCCACAGAGGCUGGACGUGGAGCCCGAAGUGCCCGCCUCCAGCUCUACCAGCAUCACCAUGGCUACCAGGAAGGAGCUGGAGGAGAUGAUAGAAAACCUGGAGCCUCACAUUGACGACCCCGACGUGAAAGCGCAGGUGGACGUCUUGGCUGCUGCCCUGCGCGCCUCCAGCCUGGAUGCCGGCGACGAGGCUGGCGAGGCCGCCCGGAGGACCCCCCAGGACGAGCUCCCCAGCUGCCGGCUUGACCAUGACACCGCUGGGCCUUUGAUCAGUGAGGAGACCAUGGACUCUGCCCUCCACUACAUUCACAAUGACUCAGACUCAGGCACCAGCAGUGGUUUCAGCCCUGAUGAGGAAAGGAGAGCUAAAGUCCAGGACGUGGUGCCCCAGGCCCUGCUUGACCAGUACCUGUCCAUGACCGACCCCUCACGGGCACAGACCGUGGACACCGAGAUCGCCAAGCACUGUGCCUACAGCCUGCCGGGCGUGGCGCUGACGCUCGGCCGCCAGAACUGGCACUGCCUGCGCGAGACCUAUGAGACGCUGGCCUCGGACAUGCAGUGGAAGGUUCGAAGAACGUUAGCUUUCUCCAUCCACGAGCUUGCAGUCAUCCUGGGAGACCAGCUCACAGCUGCAGACCUGGUCCCAAUUUUUAAUGGAUUUUUAAAAGACCUCGAUGAAGUCAGGAUAGGUGUCCUGAAGCACUUGCACGACUUUCUGAAGCUUCUGCACAUUGACAAAAGAAGAGAGUAUCUGUAUCAGCUUCAGGAGUUCUUGGUGACUGACAACAGUAGAAACUGGCGCUUCCGAGCCGAGCUGGCUGAACAGCUCAUCUUGCUCCUGGAGCUGUACAGCCCCCGGGAUGUGUACGACUACCUGCGCCCCAUCGCCCUGAACCUCUGUGCAGACAAGGUGUCCUCCGUGCGCUGGAUCUCCUACAAGCUGGUCAGCGAGAUGGUGCGCAAGCUGCAUCAGGCGGCGCCGCCCACCUUCGGGGCGGACCUCAUCCAGGAGCUGGUGGAGAGCUUCGGCCGCUGCCCGCGGUGGUCUGGGCGGCAGGCCUUCGUCUUCGUCUGCCAGACCGUCAUCGAGGACGACUGCCUACCCAUGGACCAGUUCGCCGUGCACCUGAUGCCCCACCUGCUCACCUUGGCGAACGACAGGGUUCCCAACGUGCGCGUGCUGCUCGCGAAGACGCUGAGACAGACUCUGCUGGAGAAAGAGCACUUCCUGACCUCCGCGAGCUGCCACCAGGAGGCCGUAGAGCAGACCAUCAUGGCUCUGCAGAUGGACCGCGACAGUGACGUCAAGUACUUCGCCAGCACCCACCCGGCCAGCACCAGGAUCUCCGAAGACGCCCUGAGCACAGCCUCCUCCACCUACUAGUUGGCGUGGUCCCGGGGGCCUCCCACUCCCGGGGAGCCGAGGUCCCGCUGGUGCCCACGUGUGGCCGGGGACAGCCUUGGGGCCCGUCCUCCCGCGACACUCGGCUGCAGGUGCAAGUUGCCUACACCGAUUCCAGGGAUUCUCAGAGUCAAGAGAAAGUAUAGUCAACGCGGUUGUCUCGUCUUGACUUGAAGGGAAAACACUUUUCUCAGAGGAUUAUAAUCAUCACCGAAGCCUUAAAUCCUUCCGUCUUCCUGACUGAAUGAAACUUGAAUCGCCCAGCGUUCUCCUCGGAAGGGAUGCGACGCCGAGGCCCCUUUGCUUCCCGCUGGUUGAUCUCACCACCGCAAGACCGCGGAGACGGAAGUGCAGCCAGAAGGCGGAGACCGCCAGCCGGGCUGGGCCGAGACUGCCAGCACCAGGCCUCGCCAUGUCCACGAGGGCAGGGCCCUGCGGAGGCUGUGGCCGCCGCCCUGUCCAGCCCGAAGUGUGACUAGUUUAGCCGUGCAUAAACAGGGAGGAGAUAUUUUUUGGAUUUCUCCUGAGGGCUCAAUGCUAACACUACGUGGAGCUGAUUGUGACUCUUAAAUGCAGCAUAUUGCUGUGCAUACUCACAGAGUCUGCCGAGCGUCUGUGUCCUGGUUUCUUCAUGCUGGUCAUGACCCGGAGGAAAUUUAUUAGCACGUAUUCUGUAUGUCAGGUGUUUUUAACUUGAUCAUGAUCGGCUCUGAGGUGCAACUUGUCUCACAUACUGUAUACCCCCGUGCCCCCGGGGAGGGCCGCAGUCUGUAAUCAUGCUCUUGGACUGUUGUGCACAAGUUCUCUUGUCCAAAUAAAAUUUAUUACUAAGAUCUAUACAGAGAUGGACACACUUCUGACUGCUUUCUAGAAUAAAUGCAAUUUGUGACCUGUAUUAAUGAUUUUAGUAUAAAAUGGGAAAACUGGAUUAAAAUAUUUGUCUUUUAA